CUGCUGCUCGGGUGGACGGUCCACUAUGGAACGUAAGUGGAAUGACGGGCACGAGAUCGGAUGGCAGCCCAAACGCAAGCCCCACCAUGACGGAUGACCGGAGCACUCUCUCUACGGACCCUGGGGAGCCACCCGGGAUGCGUAGCGAGGAGGAACGAUUUCGAACUUUCCAAAACUGGCCAAGCGACGCGCCGGUAACCCCGACGGCCUUGGCAAGGGCUGGAUUUUACUUUCUUGGUGCCGGAGAUCAGGUGCAGUGUUUCUGUUGCGAAGGAAUACUGAGAUUUUGGGUUCAUGGAGACAAUGCGUUGGAGGAACAUAGACGGCACUUUCCCAGGUGUGAUUUCAUUCUGGGUAGAAAUGUUGGCAAUAUACGGCGAUAUAUCGAACCUGGAUCAGACGACGUGGAUGGACAACUUCUGACUCAACUUCAGAGGAUGACCGUGGAUGACCAAGGAGUUGGCGGUCAAGCGGUGUACCCGGAGAUGGAGUCGGAAGAUGCUCGCUUGACCACAUAUCACAACUGGCCGACAGGAGCUUCUGUCCAGCCUGAUGCUCUGGCCAGGGCAGGGUUUUUCUAUACUGGCGAUAUUUUUGUUUUGGUAGGCCAUGGGGACAAUGUCAAGUGCUUCUUUUGUGAUGGGGGUCUGAGGAACUGGGAGCCUGGUGAUGACCCGUGGCAAGAGCAUGCCAAGUGGUUUCCACGGUGUGAGUAUCUGCUCCAAACAAGAGGACGUGAGUAUGUCAGCAACAUCCAGGAGUCCUACUUUCACAUGGGGGAGACAGUUAGUGGCUCCCAAGUUCCUGUUACCCGAGACAUGACCCCAGGAAGUGACGUGGUGGGGGGCCAGGGGUCUGCGGCGGCCCUGCUGUCCCCCGUGGUGCAGACGGUGCUGGGCAUGGGCUUCGAGGCGGCGCUGGUGCAGAGCCUGGUGCAGACACGCUACCUGCUGACGGGCCGCCACUACACCUCCGUCUCAGACCUGGUGGCCGACGUACUGCAGGCGGAAGAGGAGGACCGGCUACGCGGAGAGCAGACCACAGAGCCGCUGGUGGAGAGACAGGGCAACAGUGGCGGAGGGAGAAGAGCGCAGGUCACAGCCAGGGACAAAGCCGCCGCCCUGGCCGACCUGAGUGCGGAGGAGCAGCUUCGUCAGCUGCAGGAGGAGCGCACCUGUAAGGUGUGCAUGGACAAGCUGGUGUCCAUCGUCUUCAUCCCCUGCGGCCACCUGGUGGUGUGCACCGACUGCGCCGCCAGCCUGAGACACUGCCCUAUCUGCCGCGCCACCAUCCGCGGCAGUGUACGCGCCUUCAUGUCGUAAACCAGGGGUUCCCAACCUUUUUCAACUUUGGGCCCACUCAAAAUUGUCAAAAAUGUUCAGGGCCCACCUCUGACCCAAUUAAGAAUAAAACUCAAAUAAAUCAACAACAACACACACCAAAAUAUGAUUAUUAUUUUUGGAAAAUGAUUUCAAGGCCCACUUGGAAUACCUUCAGGGCCCACCAGUGGGCCCCGGCCCAUAGGUUGUGAAUCACUGUCGUAAACGAUAGAGAAAAAAACAAUAACCUGAAGUGUGCCCACCGUCUUCAUGAUAUGAACACCAGUCAAAAAUACAACCAGAAGUGUGUGCCACCAUCAUGUACAAAGAUAAAGCAAGCGACAAACGCAAACACACAAAACUGGAAAAAGAAAGAACUAACACAUACCACACUACCACAUUACAAUCUCACAUGAUUCCCACAGCAUGUACCUCUCUAGUUAUUAUAAAGAUGCGUUCAGGCGUUCUCCCUCAGGCAUGCGCAUACACAGUGCGUAUCACAGACACACUGCAACAACACAUUAAGUCACUGUAGACAUGAGGGACAAACGAAAAAUGAAUAGUUUUUCAUUUAUAAUGAAGGAAACCAUUAGAGUCAUAUACGCUGUGCUACAGUAUUGUGGCGUAUAGCUAUGUUAUAAUGUGAGAUUACACCUUCAGAUAACUGCAGUCAAUAGUAAUGCAGUCUAAUGAAUUCAGCGCUAGGAAGCGGUAUAGGCUUCACACUUCCUCGACGAAGUGAUAGCCUAUCUUGUAUUGCACACACACCAUUGGCCGGGUGUUGGCAUGCCACUUCCAACAGAUGCUUAGUGGUACUAGUGAAACACAUCAGACCAGUUAAGUCACAACAACCCAUUCUCCAGGCUUGCCUAGUCUGGCCAUGUUGGGAGUGUUCCCCUGUUUUGACUGAAUACACACCAUUCAUUGUAGCUGGAUAUAACCGUUAAUAUUCUUAACGCUGGAUUUCCCCAAACCACACCUCACAUUCAUGCACAUUCUUUACAGGAAUAGAUUUGUCUUCUAUGCUCACAGACAUGACAUGACAGUCUUACUCUCUGUUGUUCUCAUAAUAAAGAAGUUCUU